AUGCCAAAUAUUGCUUAUGCUACCUGUAUUGCUGCACCAUACGGCAAAGGACAUACAGUCAGUCUAGCUCGUCUAGCUCAUCUUCAAUCAGAAUUCACAAACCAACAUACCCAGCUAGAAGUUAUCCACUUCCAGCCCUCUAAGCUAAGUCUCUCAAAAUCAAAACCCCAGGCCAUUCAGGCUACCUUGGCUGGAUCAAUUUCUCCAACCAUGAAAGCAAGAGGGGCUUUCUUGAGACAGAACCCCAUCCAAGUCAAACUUUCUGUAAAAUCUUUCAGCUCUUCUAUCCUACGAAACCAUGCUUCAUUGACAGAACUCUUGGUCGGUCUACAAAAGAUAUCAGACGAAAAUAAGCCGACCAAAGUGGUUUGCACUGGAACGGAAAUUACCAUUUUCGGAACAAUUGAUUCUGCCGAAGCUAUCCGUGUUAAGGUUCUUGUAUUUCUGGAUGUCAUGUCUCGAUUGAUAUCCGAUACAUUGGAGAUCCCCCACCACUUGCAUAACCUUAUGGCUGGGCGGAAGCACAGUCAUCUUCAGCCCAUAAUGGAAGAAACAGCAACCAAUAUAUAUCUCCAGUCACCUUUUACAUCCCAAAUCCAUUCGAACACAUCAUCUCACCUAUCUGAUACGUCAGGGCUGAUAAAUAUCACAGGAGAGUCAACUGUCAGCAUCCAAAGAGCCAAGGAACUUUUAACAAGAUUAGCUGCUCAAAAGGUAAAAUCCUUGUUUAAAAAGGAAUCCACCAUGUCUUCAUCAAAAAUUGAUUGGAUUCUGCUCCGUCAAAGAGAAGAAAUUCGGAACAUUAUGCGUGACAAUGGAUCAUUUAUCCGAUUUCCACUACUUGGCUCGGGUGAUAAUAAGAUCGUUGUUUAUGCUGAGAACAGAGUCAAUGUGGAGCGCACAUACAGACUACUUAAUUAUCUGAUUUUUAGUAUCUACAGAGCCGUAUUCAGUUUCAGCCCAGAAGAAGAAAGUGAAUCGGUUAUCAGGUCCCCAGAUACCAUUAUGAAACAAGUAUUUGGAUCGUAUGAAAAGAUGCUCCAGACAGUGGGUUGUCUUGCAGAAACAUCUAGCUCAGAAGUAAUCUACAAUCUAGAAGAUUGUCAGUUUGAAAUACUCGGUACAGAACGUGAAGUAAGAAAUGCUUACCAGUUUCUUUGUGGGAUUCCAACUUUCAAGAGACAUCACAAGCACACCAUAUUUUCAUUAGAACUUGCCUCGGAUCAUCAGGACUUUAUAAGUGGAAAGAAAAACGGAAAAAUUAAUAAAAUCAUGAAGUCCUGUGCAGUUCAGGUCAAGUUUCAUACAGUAGGUCAAUACACUUUUAUGGUGUCAAUCGACAGCAACAGUCCAAAUAAGGCUAUAGAUGGUCUCUCAAUGCUACAAGAAGAGCUUCCUGCAGAAAUAUCUUUCUAUGUUCCUGAAAUGUAUCAUCGUCGUAUUAUCGGAGUAGGAGGAAAGAACAUACAGCGUAUGAUGAAGACUUAUGGUGUCUAUGUAAAAUUCUCUGGAUCCGAAGAAUUCAGUUCGCUAGGAGGAUACUUUGAGAAUGAGGAUAACGUGGUUGCAAGAACACCAAUGAAGAACGCUCCAAACCUCGAAAACCUCAGGCGUGCAGUGAUGGAGUAUGUUGGGCUCGAAAAAGACAGAGAUUUCAUACCUCAACGGUUACUUUUACCUAUUUAUCUUCACCGUACAAUACUCCACAAGUAUGGAAAGACUCUGAGAGAUGCAGCCAGACCUAGUAAUACCAAGAUAUGGUGGCCCGAAAGGCAGGGUUCAGGUGAGGUGACGGUAUUUGGGCCAGUUACCGAAACCAACGAGAUUUUACGUAUGCUGAAGCGACACAUACCCGAAGAAAAGACAUCUUUGGGUCCUGUGAAAAUGGUAAAAGAAGAACCAGAAAUUGAUGCUACAAUUGAUUUCAAAAAUGGAUUACAAAAGACGCAAUCUGUUCCAAAGGCUGGUCUCUUUGAAUAUUCCCGCCUCUAUCGCCCGACAUUAGACUUGCCUCGUAAUGAGCCCGUUACCAACCAGCCUCUAGAGUCCCCGUUGUCGGAAAGCCCGCUUUAUGCCCUUUACAAAGGCGAUAUAAGAUCCAUAUUCCCAAGUCCUGAUAUAUCCCAAAGUUUGUCAAAGGUUAUGUCUACCAUGCCGCCUACACUCGGAACACGUCCCUUGGCUACUUUAUCCGCACCAAUUCCCUCGGGAAACAAUAUUUGGAUACCUCCAAAGGCAGACUAUUGUAGUAUGUUUGGAAUAAGUACCGAGUCACUACAUGGUCCCUCUUAUCAUGAUAGUAUGUCAGAAUACAUUCAAGAAGAGAGAUUUCCCAUAUUUAGUCCACUAGAGGAUAUCCAGAAGAACACAACCAUGUUCAACGAACAACGGCCAAUGUCGAACUCGUUUAUUGUUAGACCCAGGCAACACAGUGUAGCAGAUGAUGCUUCUCUUGGCUGGGGGCCCUUCAAUUAUCAACAUUCCUGGCCAAACAUUGACUUUUCGAGAGAGUGUUUUGAUGGAAUGGUAUCCUACCGCCAACCUCCAACCACUCAAGAUGCUUUUGAGAUGGCACCAAAUAUUCCUCGGAGAGCUUCCUUAUCUACUCGUACCCCUUCUAUCUAA